CCCACGUAGUUGGGCUAAACUGUUUCUCGGAAACUUCAUGUGAAGCAGUCAUAGGGAACAAAGAGUAGAAGAAGAAGAAGAAAAAUAAGAAGAACGACCGUGAGCUGGAAGAAGUAGGAACAUGAGCAUGGCUGUGGUGAGUCCUAUGCCUGCAACUGCACCACCACAGAUGAAUCCUACGAGCAAGUUUCGUGAUAUUGGGGUUCCUGGAAUCAUGAGUAGUAGGAGAGAAAUUGUGAGUGAGCCUAGUUCUCCAAGCAUGCUUAAUGAUACACUCUAUGUUGCUGUGGCAAAAGAUGUGAAAGACAGCAAAUUAAAUCUCAUAUGGGCAAUACAAAAUUCUGGAGGAAGGAGAAUUUGCAUCCUUCAUGUUCACGUGCCAGCACCUAUGAUCCCUAUGAUGGGUGCUAAAUUUCCUGCAAGUGCACUGAGAGAACAGGAAGUUCAAGAUUAUCAUGAAAGGGAAAGGCAAAAAAUUCCGAAGACUAUGGAUGCCUAUCUUUAUAUCUGUCAAAAAAUGGGGGUGAGGGCAGACAAAAUACUCAUUGAAAUGGAUUGUGUAGAAAAAGGGAUUGUAGAGCUCAUCCACCAGUAUGGCAUACAUAGGCUUGUAAUGGGAGCAGCAUCUGAUAAGUACCAUUCUAGGAGAAUGGUAUCCCUCAAAUCUAAGAAAGCUAUAUAUGUAUGUGAACAAGCUCCAGCUUCUUGUCAUGUACAGUUUGUCUGCAAUGGGUACCUCAUACACACAAGGGAUUGCAGAUUGGAUAGAGGGAAUGUAGAGGUUGUAUCUCCUUCUGUGCUGCAAAUGGAAAACUCUGAAGUUGGGCAUUCACCUAACAUUGGAUCCCCAUCCUCAGUGGCAGGGCAAAAUCGUUGGAGAAAACUAACUAAUCCCGGACAAGAGUUAUUUCGUAGAGUUAGGACUAUCAAUGGUGCACAUCGGAGGAGAACUGGAUCUGUUUCUUCUUUAGAAGGGUACUUAACUCCUCAGAGAAAGUUUGGUAAAGAAGCAAGUUGUGAUGAGUUAGAUGAGCAGUCACGGGGGAGUCCUUCAGUAUUCUCAAUGUGCUUUGAGAGUUGUUCGGUUGAUCCAGAAUUGAUUCCGGAAUUGAAUGACUUUUCUCUGAAUAAUAAGGAUCUUCAUUCACCAUCACCAAGUGUACUGGAUGGAGGAAUGGAUGAUGCUCUCUAUGGUCAACUUGAACAGGCAAUGGCCGAGGCUUGGAAUGUUAGGCAAGAUGCAUAUCAAGAAACUGUUAGGCGUAUGAAAGCAGAAAAAGAAGCCAUUGAUGCUAUACGCAAGGCUAAAGCCACUGAAAACUUGUAUCAAGAAGAGCUAAAACUAAGAAAAGAACAAGAGGAAGAAGUACAGAAAGCAAAUGAAGAACUUGUUAAUAUGAAGAGUCACAUAAACAAAGUUAAUGAGGAACUCCAACUUGCCUUAGAUCAGAAAUUAUCUCUAGAGAAUCGAAUUGCAUCUACUGAACUUAAUAUAAAGGAGUUGGAGCAGAAGAAUAUAUCUGCUGAUGAGUUAUCUCAAAAGUACAUGGAUGAACUAGAUGAGUUACAAAUGCAACUUGAUAAUGCGUUGAGAGAGGCUGAGGAGUUAAGGAGAAAACAAGGGGAAGCCUCAAGCACUCACUGGCUUCAACCCUUCUCAGAAUUCUCCUUUUCAGAGAUUAAAGAAGCAACAAGAAACUUCAAUCCAUCCCUUAAGAUCGGACAAGGUGGAUACGGAAGUAUAUUUAAAGGUAUCUUACGUCACACUGAGGUGGCUAUAAAAAUGUUGAGUCCUGACAGUACCCAAGGUCCAGAGGAGUUUCAACAAGAGGUUGAAAUAUUGAGCAGGUUGAGGCACCCCAAUCUUGUGACACUUAUAGGAUCAUGCCCAGAAUCCUGGACCCUUGUCUAUGAGUAUUUACACAAUGGAAGCCUUGAAGAUCGUCUCAACUGCAAGGAUAACACACCUCCGUUGUCAUGGCAAACUCGAAUUCGCAUAGCUGCAGAACUCUGCUCGGCUCUCAUCUUUCUUCAAUCAAGUAAACCUCACAGCAUAGCACAUGGUGAUUUAAAACCAGGCAACAUUCUCCUUGAUUCAAACCUUGUAAGCAAGCUCAGUGACUUUGGAAUCUGUCGUAUAUUAUCUUGUCAAGAGGGUUCAAGUAGCAGCAGUACACAGUUUUGGAGAACUGUUCCAAAGGGAACUUUUGUGUAUGUGGAUCCUGAAUUCCUUACUUCUGGUGAACUCACACCAAAGUCAGAUGUUUAUUCCUUUGGAGUCAUUCUAUUGAGAUUGAUCACUGGGAAACCUGCUCUGGGAAUAAAAAAUGAAGUGGAAUAUGCAUUACAUAGUAGAAAGUUGAAAUCCAUCUUGGAUCCAUUGGCUGGAGACUGGCCAUUUAUGCUAGCUGAAGAGUUAGUUCGCUUGGCUUUGAGGUGUUGUGAGAUGAACAGAAAGAACAGACCAGAUUUUUAUCCAGAGGUUUGGAGAAUACUUGAACCAAUGAGGGCUUCUUGUGAAGGCAUUCAACUGGGUUCUCAAGGAAAGUGCCAACCUCCACCAUAUUUUAUUUGUCCAAUCUCUCUGGAAGUGAUGCAAGAACCACAAGUGGCUGCAGAUGGUUUUACUUAUGAAGCUUGGGCUAUACGUGAAUGGCUGGAAAGUGGUCGUGACACUUCACCAAGGACAAAGUCUAAGUUAGCACAUCACAACCUUAUUCCCAACCACUCUCUUCGCCAUGCAAUCCAGGACUGGCUUCAAACUCAUUGAUCUGCAAGCUUGUGUUUUUUCUCUUUGCUUCUUCAUUGAUGAAGUUGUGAUCUCUAGGAGAAUAGAUAUCACUAUAAUGUUUGUUUUUGUUACACAUUUUUAAAGCAUGUAAACAACAUUUUUAUAGCGUACAUGUUGUAUAGGUUGUGCACAUUUUGAGUUCUUGUAAAAAGGUUGCGUAUGUAUAUAUGGUUAAAUACUAUCUUUAUCUUAUGUGUU